GGAUAAUAAUUUUUAUUGUCAGGAUUACCUCCCUUAGCUGCGUUUACCAUUUGUUCCGGUGACCUCGAAACACCUUUGUCAUUUUGGUGAACACAAGAAUUUAGUAAAUAUUAGAAAGUUUUAGGCAUUUUUGCUUGACAUGAUGGAAACGACAGGGGUGCAUGUCAUUGAAGUACACAAGAUCGCAGCUGAGCAAGAGAAAAGUUCCGGGCCACUUCUGCUUGACAUAAAUUCGACUUUAGGGAACGCCCCAACUCUUGGAGAUUCAUUGAGUCAGAACAAUUGCAUCGUUAAAGUUUAUCAUGGGCAUGCUGAUAACGCGACAGGGGUAGAGAUACCGUUGGCAGAGGGUGAGAUACCGCCAGAUGCGGUUUUUAUACCUGCAGGGUCACUGCAUCCUACCUCUGACAGUUCAGCUAUCGUGAAAAUUGUGAAACCGCAGAAUGUGCAUGUGUCAGCAAACGAAGAAAACUCUACUUUAGAUACAGUUUAUACUGAAACGGUUGAUGAUACGGAAAAGUUCAUUGCUACGCCACUUGUAGAGGACAGUCGGAAUAAAAUUGGAAGUCAUAGCCUUCAGGUCAAAAAAUUAUUACAUGCAACUGACAGUAGGCAGUUAGAUACACGUAUCACUGACCAUGCCUCAAACGAAAAUAGUUCGGAGAAAAAGUCGCCAGUUAUCAUGUUUAAAUGGGGAUCGGUGAAAAAACCGUUUCGCUGUCACAUCUGUGACAUGUCGUUCAAUGACGGUAAUCUGUUGCGAGAACAUUUAGAGAAGCACAAUAGUUCAAGAAAAGAACCGUCAAAACCAUUUCCGUGCAAUUUGUGCAUUAAGUCAUUCCAGACAAACAGAUCAUUAGAAAGGCACCAGUUUGUUCAUUCAGGUCAGACGCAGAAAAGAUGUAAAUAUUGUUACAAAAUUUUUGCAAACAAAGAAAAUUUGGACAAGCACAUCCAGAUGCAUAAUGGAAAUAAAGCAUAUUCAUGUCUGUUCUGCAGUGAACAGUUUUCUUCACGGCCCUGUUUAGAAAAACACAUAGCCUCUCAUAAAACGAAUAUAAAGAAGUUUAAAUGUACCAUCUGUGAUAAAAACUUUAACCGGAAAGAUAUCCUAGACCGCCAUUUACUAACCCAUGAUAUAGGUAAGAAAAAUAAACACGAGUGUGUUGAGUGUAGGAGGUCAUUUUCAUAUUUGUUUGCUUUGAAGCGCCAUGUUCGUUCAGUUCAUGGCGGGGAGCCGGACGGAAAAACAUGCGAAGUGUGUGGGAAAUUCAUUAAAAACAGGGAAAAUAUUGGUCGCCACAUGCAACUUCAUGAAGGUAAACGUCCGUAUGACUGCCAAGAAUGUGGACGAAAAUUCACGCAGAAACAGCAUUUGGUUGAUCACAUGGUUACCCAUACUAACGCAUUUCCAUUCGAAUGCAAAUUUUGCUGUGUUUCAUUCCGAUACAAGAGAAGUUUAGGACGCCACGUAAAAAAACAUUACACAGUUCAUGCUGAUAUCCAAAAACUUGAAUGUGUAGAGUGCCGUUUAAUGUUUUCUAGUGAAAACGAGAUAGUACGUCAUGUAGAAAGCACGCAUUAUAAUUUCAAGGAGUGUUUGAUGUGUAAAGAAAUAUUUGGCGACGAAAAGAGCUGUAUUAAGCACAUGUUAAAGGUACAUGAUUUACCCGUAGCAGUGAUCAAUAAAUCAAUGAAUUUGGUGAAUAAAUCCACAGAAACAGAUCCUGCUGGUCCAGCCUGUAACAUGGAUCCUGCUGGUCCAGAUUGUAACACAGAUACAGCUGGUCUAGAAGGUAACACAGGUAUUGUAACAGCUGAGAAUGGGAAAGAUAUGGAUGCUGAAGAUACCACACCAGAUGAUGAAGUUGACAAUGAAAUUGAAAAACUCAAAAAUGAAUUUGAAUAUGCAAAUGAAAGAAGAAAAGACGUUUUUAGUAAAGAAGAAAAUAUUCAGAGUAAAAUUGAUGAAACUGUACCAGAGAAUCAGCAAGUUAUUUACAUUUUGUUUGAUAACGGUAAAGAAGUGUGUGCAGUACAAAAAAUGGAUGUUGAAAAAGUUAUUCCACAGUCCGGUUUACCAGUUUCAGAGUACACUCAGGUUCAGGUACCAAGUUAUAUUUCACAUGGGAAUCAAAUCAUUCUGGCUUCUGAACCAGAGGAACAACCUUUAGAAGCAGAUGCAGAUGAUGAUUCCAGAAUUGCUCCAACUACCGAAGGAACUGAAAGUGAAAGAGAAGAAACUGGAAAUAUAAAAAUAGCAGAAAGCAAUCUAAACUUGUAUCACGCAAAUGAAACAGCUGGCACAAAUGAGAAAGCAGUAGAGUAUACAUAUAAUGUAGUUAUGCCUGAAGGAGAAAAGGAAGACGGUAGUAUGGAAUUAGAAGAGUCUAAGUAUGUUGCUGAGAGAUCGAAAUUGCUUCAGUCAUUGAUAGAUUACGCAGAGAAGAUACAGGAGGCAGAACAAUCUGUGUCAAGUACUGAAGCUACCUCUAAUAGUGAAACUAAGAUAUAAAAAGUUUAUAUAUAUAAGGUUGUUUUACAUAAACCGAGUACAGUAAGUUGCAUACUGUAAAAGCACACAUUUUCACGAGAGUUUAAUUUUGGAUUUAUUAGCAAGGUCCCUCAA